CAAUGUCAAAUAAAAUAAUCACAUCACUUGGAUGAUCCUGUCGAACAGUACCUUAGGGUUCGAAAGCACGGCCGCUCUACCGUCUCACAAUGCGAUGUCGCCGGCCAAGCUCUCCUCUGCCUUCCUCCGCCGGAGUGGCACGAUAAGCAAUGUCCUCCUUCCCCUCUUCCACCGUCAUCGCCUGGAUGACCUCCUCUUUUUCUCCUCCGCCACCGCCUCCGCCGACAAAGGCCAGAAAUCGUCUCAAAGAUCCCAUUUUGUGGUCGAAUAUCUCAUCAACUCGUGUGGCCUCUCCUCCACAGAGGCUUCCAAAGCCUCCAAAUCCCUCGCGCACCUCAAAUCCACCAAGAGGAUCGACGCCUUCCUCAGAUCCUUGAGAAGCCAAGGUUUCGACGACGCGAGUCUCAGAACGAUCGUAUCUCGCUGCCCCAAUUGGCUCAACUAUAGUGUCGAGAGGAAUCUGGCUCCAAAGUUCCAAUUUUUCCGGGAUCUGGGCUUCUCUGGAUCCAACCUCAGCCGGUUGUUCCUCUCAAGUGCCAAUGUUUUUAGCCUCAGCCUCCACCGCACCAUCCAGCCCCGGUUGGAUUUCUGGAUGCGCCUCCUCGGCUCCAAAGAGCACCUCGUGAAGCUCAUCAAAAGCAACUUAUGGGUUAUCAACAGCAGCAUUGAGAGGGUCAUCAUGCCCAACCUCUCACUGCUGCGGGAGUGCGGCAUCUCAGAUCAAAGGACGGCUCGGGUGCUGCGGCGUACCCCCACAUUCAUCCGCAGGAGUCCCAAAAAAUUCAGAGCUUUGAUUGAGCGGGUCGAGGGAAUGGGGGUACCCCGCAGCUCGGGGAUGUUCUUGUGGGCUCUCUGGGUUCUGAACCUUGUCAGUGAGGCCAAAUUCAAUGCUAAACUCCGAGUCAUGAGGAGUUUUGGGUGGUCAGACGUUGAAUUCUUUGCUGCCUUCCGCAAGGAUCCGUUAUUUCUUUCGAAUUCUGAGGAAAUGUUGCAUGCAAAGAUGACCUUUUUGGUAAAGGAAGUUGGUUUUGAGCCAGUGGAGGUUGCCUUCCAUCCGAAGCCCCUGACAUACAGCUUGGAGAAGAGGUUGAUGCCUCGGCAUCGUGUCAUGCAGAUGUUGAAGGCGAACGAGUUGCAUAGUGGAAGAUAUCAGUUCAGUAGUAUUUUGGUUCCUUCAGAUAAAUUGUUCAUGAAGAAGUAUGUUAUCCCACACAAGGACAAAGUUCCAGGAUUGUUACCGAUGUAUACUGCCGCAUGUGGCAAGGAGGGCACCAUCUAACCUUAGGUAUUCCGAUGUGCAAGGACUUCUCUUCAUUCCCUUCCAUGAAUGCAAUCUAGGUAUUAAAUUUGACUCCUUGAGCAAUUACAUUAGCAAUGUUGUCAUCUGGACAUGUUUGACCAAAGUUAUAUGAUUCUUGUAUCAAUAUCCGACAUAGUGUCGAAUCAAUGAGUUAUGUGUCAAGACAGUGCAUUGGACAAUUGUGCAGAAGAGAAUCUGGAAAGAUGGUAGCGUAACAGCUGGUUGAAUAUGUUAAUGUAGGUCCACAUUGCUAAAAUCUAUUGUUUGUUUGCACAUUUGGGGAUCUUUGCAAUCAAAUUUUAUGAUGUGAUAUUGAAGAUUUGUAAUUGCAUUUUAAUAAUCUUUACUUUAAAGAGAAAGGUACUUUUGAUGAAUUACAGACAGACUACUUAUAAAGUUAUCAAAGACCGAACUGUAGGAACUGCAA